CGGGGCUUCUGGAGGGCGUGCGCCUGCGUGGAGUCGACCUCUGGAGUCCCACUCUGACCCCGCGUGUCAGUUCUCCCGAUAAUCCAGCAAAAGCAGGAUGAGCUUCCUCUGUGGCCUGCAGUCUGCCACUAGAAACUGUUUUCUCUUUCGUGUCAAUUCAUUCACCAGCUUUGGAAAGUGGAACUCACUAGCGGUAACUUCUGCAGGCUGUGGACCAAGUCGUCAAGCAGCAAAUAAGCAUCAGAAAUGCAACACAGUCCGUCAGUGUGAGUCAGUGACUGUUCUGCCUGGACACUUGCACAUCAAUAGGGCUUUCAGUAGCAGGAACACAGGAUGCAUCUCAGAUGCCCACAGCAGGGAAACGGGGGUGACUGCCUAUACGUGUACUAUGUGGAGUGAUUCUUUUGCAAGACGAAGACUGGUGGACUUCUCUGUGCCUCCUGCCCUUGCAGCUUUGGGUCCUCUGCACUGCCCUCCCUUAACAGCUGCCAGGAACUUUCACUUGUCGCCACGGGCCCAAGCUGCCCCUGUCCCUCUCUUGUUGCUCAUUCUGAAACCGGUACAGAAGCUCCUUGCAAUCAUUGUGGGCAGAGGUGUAAGGAAAUGGUGGCAAGCACUUCCUCCUAACAAGAAGGAGCUGUUUAAAGAGAACCUCAGGGAGAAGAAGUGGAAGUUGCUCCUUGGCCUGAGUGGUUUUGGGCUGCUGUUUGUGGUGUUUUAUUUCACUCACCUGGAAGUGAGCCCAGUCACCGGAAGGAGCAAGCUACUGUUGCUGGGGAAAGAACAUUUCCGACUUCUGUCUGAGCUGGAAUACGAAGCAUGGAUGGAAGAAUUUAAAAAUGACAUGCUGAUGGAGACGGACCCACGAUAUCUGACAGUUAAGGAAGUGGUUUAUCAUCUAACUGAAUGCAAUAAAGACAUCCCAGGGAUCUCGGAGAUCAAUUGGGUUAUUCAUGUGGUCGAGUCCCCAGAUGUGAAUGCCUUUGUGCUGCCAAAUGGACAAGUGUUUAUUUUCACUGGGCUUUUAGACAGCGUAACUGAUGUCCAUCAGCUUUCCUUCCUUCUCGGCCAUGAAAUUGCUCAUGCCGUGCUUGGGCACGCUGCAGAAAAAGCUAGUUUGGUUCACCUAUUGGAUUUCCUUGGUAUGAUUUUUCUCACAAUGAUUUGGGCCAUUUGUCCACGAGACAGUUUGGCAAUUUUGGGUCAGUGGAUACAGUCAAAGUUGCAGGAGUUUAUGUUUGAUAGACCAUAUAGUAGAACACUGGAAGUUGAAGCUGACGAAAUUGGACUACAGCUUGCUGCAAAGGCGUGUGUGGACAUAAGAGCCAGUUCAGUGUUUUGGCAACAGAUGGAGUUUGCAGAGCGUCUCCAUGGUUAUCCCAAGUUGCCAGAGUGGUUAUCGACACAUCCCUCUCAUGGUCAUCGAGCUGAGCACUUGGAUAGGCUUAUACCACAGGCACUCAAAAUUCGGGAGAUCUGUAAUUGCCCACCACUUUCUGGACCAGACCCUCGGUUACUGUUUAAACUUACCACAAAGCAUAUUCUGGAAGAAUCAGAAAAAGAAGAGCUAAACAUCACUGUUAAGAAGCAGAAAAUGGAUAGUCCUCCCAUUCAAAAGCAGGAGCAAAUUCCACUGACUUACAUAGUCGAGAAAAGGACUGGAAGUUGAAUUGAAAGGUGAAUUGAAACUUGUGACUUGGGAUGUGUGAAGAAUACAGCAGUCCUUGUCCUUUCUAUACCGCUUAUAAAAAAUGACGUUUGAGAUGAAAAAAUGGAUAUUCAGAGUCAAACCAUGUAUAUUACAGAUAUUAUCUAAAUUCUUCUAGGUUUUUAUCUUUCAUGAAUAUUGAUGUAUUUUUAUCUAUUUUAAAAUAUUGCCAAUGAGGAAAAUGUCACAGAA